AUGGUCUGGUCACUAAAGAAGAUUCUCAAGCUUAAGGACAUCGUUAUAUCUUUGUUUGAUAUCCAGUUAGGAAAUGGUCGGGGAAUCUUGUUUUGGUAUGACCCAUGGUUUGAAAAUUUGCAUAUUGUUCUUAAGGCAGAAUUUGGUGGGGUACGUAUUCGAAGGGACUUUCUUAAUUCAUCGGUUCGUGACAUUCGGGAUGGAGAUUAUAAUACUCUUUUGAGGGGAAUUCUAGAAGGUGUUAGGAUUCUUAGCUUCAUGCAAACAAUACACUUUAAUGACAAUAUCGACUCAUGGGUUUGGAAGGUGGAAAGAGACGUAAAGUUCAAUUCUAAUCUAGCUUGGGAGUCUAUUCGUGAGAGGGGGAACGAUGUGGGUUGGACUCAUGUUGUAUGGUCCUCCAAUAUCAUUCCGAGACAACAAUUUGUGUUAUGGUUGUUGUUUAGGAAGAGACUUUCAACUAGGGAUCGACUUAAGCGGUUUAUGGAUAUCCCGGAUUCUAAAUGCCUUCUUUGUGGUGACAAUGAAGAGACGAUGGAUCAUUUAUUUAGUGGCUGCCCGUUUACACUCGAGUUAUGGAGACGGAUUAUAAAAGCUAUGGAGUUAGCUUUUUUUCCUUCGGAUUGGAUUGAUAUCAAGGAGAUGGCCAUCUUGAAAGUUAAAGUUUACCACAUUUGGAUGGAAAGAAAUUCAAGAGUAUUCACGAGGGUGAGAGGUGGUGUUGAUGAUGUUUGGAAUAACAUAAAGUUUGAUUGUAAUUCCCUUGUUCGAACUUGGAGGCGAAUUUCCAAAAAUGAGCAAAAUUAG